GUAUCCCGAAAAAUAUAAUGCCAAAAAUAAAUUGUGAUCUUGAAGGGAAGCAAAUGAUUAGGUAUUUAAACAAUCGAUGCGCAAAAUAUGCCUUAAAACUCAAAAAGAAAAGUGAAGACUACAAGCAACAUGAAGAUCGAUUACAUCAUCGCUAUAUGCAGCACCGUAAUGGUUGCUAUAGGAGCCGCAUUGCCCAGUCCCCCGGCGCACUGCUCUGUUACUUCAUUUAUGUAUCACAUACUGCUCGUCCUGGAACCGUACACCACGCAUGUGCGAGACGACACCUACGUCACUUAUCAGAAUCUUACCCAGGCAUGGACACCUUCCAGUCAGGACUCUGCCACUCUUCCGCUGAUGCCGUUACCAAUAGGCUUGAACGGAGAUAAGGUCCCAGUGUUUGGGGUUUUACAGAACAAUGCUGCGGUGUUAAAGCAGUUCCGCCCAUUGCUUCGCCAGUCCAUUCAGAACUUUCGCCAGCUACCGAACUCCACCCACGUGGUGAAGAGACUUGUCACGCUCAGACAGGAGGUGACCGACCUGAUGGCAAUCAUCACCAUGGCAACGAGGAAUUUGAAACCACGUAACGCGACCCUUUACAAGAUCCCACCAAUCAGCGCCCAUCCACGCAUGGCAAACCUGGAUCGUCACCAGGCCUUCUCGCGCGUCAUAGCGCUGCUGGGCCAGCUUCAUGGCGAUUUGCUACAAAUGGACGUUAACUUCCAUCAGAUCCGAAAACGACUCUGUGGGCACGUCUGAACUACUGAUGAAUAGAGCGAGAGGCACAUUACAAUUACCGCAUAGAGUACACAGAAUGAGAGCACGAGAUCUAAAAUCUAUUCAAACUUUUUUACUGGGUUUAUUUAAAUUAUUUAUUAAAAAGCCCUAUUCACGGGCAUUAUAUUUUCAAAUUAUUCAUCUCCCAGCGGAUGAAAGACCAAAUGCAUGCAGUAAGCAUGGGCUAUUGUAUUUACGAUAAGUAAAUUAUAAAGUAUGUACAUUUUAGUACAAAAAUAUAUAUGUUGAUUAGAUGGCGUGAAGAUGCCAUCAGUUAGAAACAUUAAAGAUAUUAUUCAAGUUAGUAAAAUCCAAAGCAUAUUCUAUUUAAGAUAAAGCCUCGUCUCAGACGUUUUCAACUAUUGUAGAGCAUUAGUGAGCAUGCCAAUAAAAUGCAGUUAAAACUAA